UUGAUCUCCGCCCAUUAUUUCACAGUAACGAAGCUUUUCAGCUGGCCGGCACCAGGCAUUCUCCUAACAGCGGCUGUAGCUGGAAUUUCUUACACCAUGCUCACAUUCUUCCUCAUCGUAAUUGCCGUGCUGCUUCUUAUCUUGUGUGAGCCUCUCAAACCAAAAAAUUUCCCUCCAGGGCCCAAUUGGUUGCCUUUUUUCGGUUUUGCGCCGCAGCUGAAGAGACUGACCAAAAAGUUUGGUUACCAACACCAUGUUUUUUUGUGGCUCUCUGAAAGGUUUAAAUCACCGGUCGUGGGCUUGCGGCUGGGCAGCCAACUGGUUGUGGCUGUCAACGGAUACCAUGCCGUCAAGCAGAUUUUCACCAAGGAGGAAUUUGAAGGACGACCUGACACUUUUUUCAUCAGAAUGAGAUCCAUGGGCACCAGAAAAGGCAUUACUUGCACUGAUGGAGCUCACUGGCAAGAGCAACGAAGCUUUACGGUGCGCCACUUAAAAAGCUUGGGGCUUGGAAAGAGUGCAAUGGAAGAUAUGAUCAAGGAUGAGGUCACUACGAUCGUUUCUAAAUUCGAAAAAAUGAAUGCUAAUCCAAUAUCUGUGGACUUUGCGCAUGGCGUGAUGUCUGUUUUGUGGGUUCUGACUGCGGGCACUCGUUUUGGAGAGGGUGACGAAUCUCUGAACCGCCUGCUCAGCCUAAUGCAGCGAAGGGCCCGGUCCUUUGACAUGUCUGGAGGAGUUCUGAGUCAGUUUCCGUGGGUCCGUUUCAUCGCUCCAGGCGCCAGUGGUUACACUCUGCUGCAGACGGUCAACUCUGAGCUGAACAACUUUUUCAUGGAAAAUAUACACUUAGACACAAUAAAGGGUCACAAGAAGACCCACUGCAGCGAUGACCCCAGAGAUCUGAUUGAUGCGUACUUGACGGAAAUUGAAAAUAGAAAAGACGACCCUGGAUCGACAUUCUCUGACGAUCAGCUUGUAAUGGUAGUUUUGGACAUGUUCAUUGCUGGUUCGACAACUACCAGCACAAGUCUGGACUUUUUAUUCCUCUACCUGGCCCUGAAUCCCAGAGUGCAGGAAAAGGCUUGUGCAGAAAUCUGCAGCGUGGUCGGCACCCAACACCCCCCAUCUCUCGCUGAUCAAUCAAAGCUCCCGUAUACUUGUGCUGUGAUUCAAGAGUCAGCUAGGCUAAGUUCAAUCGUGCCAAUUGCCGGCCCAAGGAGGACUCUAAGACAGACUGAACUCGAGGGCUACACUAUUCCUAAGGACACAACAAUAUUGAUCAAUUUGUGGUCACUACACCACGACCCUGUCCACUGGGGCGAUCCUGAGGUUUUCCGUCCUGAAAGGUUCAUCGGAGCUAAGGGAGAGCUAGUUACAGACGACUGGGUUCUACCGUUCGGAUUAGGACGGCGCAGGUGCUUGGGUGACGCAUUAGCCAAGAGCUACACCUUCAUGCUGGUUUCCACCGCUCUUCAAAGAUUCAAGAUCUCGACGCCCACAGUCAAAGACAUCCCAGCUUCGAUACCAGGAAUAAUUGCGAGCUGCCCAAAGUACGAGCUACAGUUCAAGCCUAGAUGCAUUGUGUAAUUGCAAAUAAAUCCAGUUUUUCUAGGUAUUUUAA